AUGGUCUUGGAUCUAAAUAAGAAAACCUAUUUCCUUGUAACUGGUGCCUCCCGCGGCAUUGGCAAAUGUAUGGCCAUUGAAGUGGCUUACAAAUUGAAAGCUGGUUCGGUGAUUGUUUUGGUGGCACGCAAUAAAGAGGCAUUGGAAAAUACAGAAACAGCUAUACUGGCCAAACGUUCUGACGUCACAGUCCGCACAGUUUCUAUUGACCUUUCCAAUGCUAAAGCUGAAAACUUUCAAAAAUUGUUAAGUGAUUCAUUGGUGCAAACUGCAACGAAAGCCUGCGAUUUUGAAAGGGCAUUUAUUAUACAUAAUGCCGGUACUGUGGGUGAUGUUUCCAAAAAGGCCAAAGAUAUAGCAGAUACUGAAGCAUGGUCUCAAUAUUAUCACAUGAAUCUGUUCUCCACGAUUUCCUUAAAUGUGGAAUUCUUUAAAGUGUUUGCCGAAGUACCAAAAUUGGUGGUCAAUUUAAGUUCCAAAUGUGCUGUCGAACCAUUUGCUUCGAUGAGUUUCUAUUGUUCCGGUAAGGCUGCAAGAGAAAUGUAUUUUAACGUAUUAGCUGUGGAGGAAAAAGAUACAAAUACAUUGGUCUUAAAUUAUGCUCCUGGUGCUAUUGACACCGAUAUGACGGUUUAUGUCUAAAAGGAAACGGUAAACAAAGAUUUACAUGAGGCAUUUAAAAGUCAGCGGGACAACAAGACAAUGCUUACUGUGGAUCAGACUACCGCCAAGUUUAUUAAGAUUUUGGAAGAAGUUGAAUUUAAAAGUGGUGCUCACAUCGAUUAUUGGGAUUAG